AUGAUUAAUAUUGAAGAGGCAGAUACGUUCUACAAAUCAUUGCUAGAGCUUCAGAUUAAUGCAUCACAAUAUUAUGAUCAAAAUAAAAAGCCUUGCGGGAAAUUCUGCUCGUCAGAAUUUAGAUUGUACAAGAACCACGACACACAUGAGAACUUUGAAAUUGGCAAGAGUAAAAAGCACACAACUAAAGUAGGUCAGUUGCGAAAAGAAAAGAACAUGAAAUGGAAAAUAAAAACAGAAAAAGCAUGUAAACAUGUGAUUUACGGAGCAGUCACUGGAAGUAGCAGAAAUACAAAUCACAAUACCGGAGGAUGUGAAGGUGAAAAGUUCUGCAUGGGAGAAGAUUUGAAGAAUCACUCCCGUCAAAGGCCAUCUCGGGGCUAUGUGGGACUGAAGACAAUGUGCUUUAACUUCUUUUAUGAUUUGCGUAGGGCUAUGCGAGUGUUCCCAGAUGAUUACAACAAACAAAACUGUUUACUUCUCAACUUCAUUCACUGA